GAAGCGGCGGGAGGAGGGUGUCGCGGCGGCGAUGGAGCGGUACGACAAGGCGGCGCUGAACGCGGCCCCCGCGCUCGACCUCAGAAAUGAGGGUUCAUUAACAUCAACCUUAAGAACACUUCUGUUCUUCACAGCUUUAAUGAUCACAUUACCUAUUGGGCUGUAUUUUUCAUCAAAGGCUUAUAUAUUUGAAGGUACCUUAGGAAUGUCCGACAGAGACAGCUAUUUUUAUGCUGCCAUAGUUGCUGUAGUUACUGUUCAUGUGGUACUUGCUCUAUUUGUGUAUGUGGCAUGGAAUGAAGGUACUCGACAGUGGCGGGAAGGCAAACAGGACUAAAAUGAAAAUCAUCACCCUGCAAUACCUACAGACUGUAAAUAGAAUUUUUGUGAAUUGUGUUAAAAGCAUUCUUCAACAUAGUAUACAUGUGUACAAAGAUGAGGCUAGUUCUUCGACUAUGUUUUGGUUAGAACAAGACUUAUGCUCAUCUCAGAUAUGUGCCAGUAUUUUCUCUAAUGCUGGUUAAAGUUGUACAUCAGUUCCACUUAGGAGAGGCUGACUAAAGAGAUCUUCACCUGAAAUUAGAACAAAAUAAUUGUGUAUUUCAGAGGGAGGGAAAAAAAUCAUGUAGCCAUUUUUACCAUUCUUAAUAUUUUUCUGGCCGUCUUUGGAAAUAGCAUUGACAUGAUGCAAAAAUUAUGUUUUUCAAUAACUAAGUUACUAGUUAUAAAAGCUACAUAACUUACUAGCCAACUCAAAUGGGAAAGGUGUGAUUCCUCUUUGCUGUGGAGAGCUUCCCUAUUUUCAGAACAUACAGUUCAACUGAGCAUUGUUUUGUGCUAAUCAAUAUGCUAAUACAUAUGCAGUCUAAUUUUGUUUUUGCUGUUGGAAGUGGAAUAAAGGUAAUGGCUGAACAAGCAGCUCUUGGAAGUGGUUAUGUUGUGUAGAGGCUUUUUUACUAUAGAAACUGAAAAAUGCCAGAACAAGUUGAGGGAAUCUGAAAAACUUGCGAAGGAACAACUACUGACGUUUGUUAAAGCUUUGUCAGUGUUUUUCUAUCAAAACCAAGAAAAAAGUUGCUUUCUGACUUCUGUUAUUCAUUUGCAGGAAAAGUCUCAAGUUAGAGAAUCAUGUAAGAUGAAUAGGUUGUUUAAAUAGUAAUGCAUGGUAGAUAUGUCUAGUGACUCUGUAAUGCAUUUGCAGUAGUAUGUUUGUUGAGUCAAAAACACUAGAUGACUUUUGCCUCCUAUAGAAAUUAGUCUUCUAAAAAAAAUGCGUUUCCAGUUUUAAGUCACUACAAAAUUAGAACUGGUUAGAAACUCAGGUGGUGUCUUUUUAACGUGAAAUGUCAGCUUUGUUUUUUUCAUUUUUGAACGUGAUUUUUGAUUAUGACAUAAAAUUCAACCUUUAAUUUCUUUUUCCAGUGUUUGGCAUGGGUUGCCAUACUACUGUUUUGCUCAUCAUCUGCUGUCCACAGUUAAUCUUGAUGAUGCAAAGGAAAUGGUAUAGUUUUGGGGGGGAGGGGUGUUGUUUUUUGUUUUAGUGAAUAUUUUAAGUUGUGGUUGCUCGUGAACUUCUAUGCAGGUUCCUACUUCUAUAUAGUUGUAUUGGUGGUGGUGAAAUUUUAGACAAAGUAACAGCUAUAACCAACUCUAAUGGGCAGUAGAGGAGUGAGUGAGAUCUAAGGGAGAAGACAAGCUGUAGCCAUCUGCAAAUGUACUUUAUGAAGCAGAACACAAAAGUUGUCACAUUAUGGAAAACUUAAAAUUUAUAAAGAAAAACAAGUUGUAUACUGUGGAAUGAUAAAACAUGUUAACCACUUUUUUUUUCUUGUUUGUUUAUAGGGACUUUCUGUAGUAAAACCAUGGUGAAAUUUUUAUCUGCCAGGAUAAUAACCUGAAAUUCGUUUGACUGUUGCGUUGCUGUUAGCAAACUUGUUAAUCUAUAUUGAAAGUAUUUUUCUCCCAAGGUUUUGACAAUGCAUAGAAUUUUCCUAAUGCUGAUGACUGCUUUUAAGCUAUUGUGCUUUAAGUCUUUCUGUUCCUUUGAGUUUUCCAGUUGUUAUAUCAGUUAAACAUUUUCUAGAAGCUUUUUGUUUAGUAUAGGACUUGGAAUGUUUUUGCUACUACAUUUGGCCUUUGUAAAACUUACCUAUUAAUAUGACAACAAUCAGCUAACCAUGCACAGUAGCUACAGGAAUGUGUUCCAGGGCUCUUUCUCCUCUCUUCCACCCUAUUCUAGAUGUGCACCAACAUCCACAAGGUGUGCUAGAAUGCAACUGAAGCAUUAGCAGUGAAGCUUAUUGCUACUUUGUAGCUUUGCACUAAUGCAAAUCAAUCUUUACUUUUUGUUUCUGAAACAUUAACUGUUCUCAUCCAGUGUUAGAUUGCUGCUGGCACACUGGAGAACCAUCUUGUAGAAACUUCAAAUUCAAAUUUAGUUUGUACAAUGCCAUAUUGAGGUUUUUCUGUUUUCCAGUAUAUAAACUGUACAUUGUAUAAUAAAUACUGCCUUUUAAUAAAGGAUUACCCUGCAAUACAA